UUUUCAGGUGUUUAAGUUAAACACAGGUGCAAAACACAUCGACCAGUGCAUAUCUGGCAUGGUCUAUUUCAACAGUACAUGCUUUUCCUACUCUUUUGGGAUGACAUGAUGUCAAAACUAAACGAAGAAAAAUAAGAUGUAUAUGGAUUAAUCUCCACUUUACACAGCACUAUAUGUAUAUAUCUCCACACGCACACGCGUUUAAGUGUCCAACGCCGCUAAAUAACCCCCAAGUUUCAUCGUGCCCCGCCGGCGGCCGGCCUCUCCCAGCAUACUUUCAAUGGCUUUCAUCGUGCUCCUUGCUGCUGCUGCAGCAGUGAUAGCCUUUGUCCUCCACCUUGCCACCAAAAACCACCGGUCUCACCCAACCUACAGCCUCCCUCCCGGCAACCUCGGUAUCCCGGUCAUCGGCCAGACCUUCUCCCUCCUCCACGCCCUACGCACCAACACAGACGACCGGUGGUUCAGGGCGCGGAUAAAGAGAUACGGUCCGGUGUCGAAGAUGUCGGUGCUGGGCUCGCCGACGGUGCUGCUUGCUGGGACGGCGGCCAACCAUUUCAUAUUCACCAACGAGGACCUCAUCCUCACGCAGACGCGUGCGCUUCGCUCCCUCCUCCGGCGGUCUAUUCUGACGCUCACCGGCGACAAGCUGAAGCAGGUGCGUAGUGCUCUGCAGGGUUACUUGAGGCCUGAGAUGGUCAGAAGGUACGUGGGGAAGAUGGAUAUCGAGGUCAGAAGGCAACUGAAGCUCAACUGGGUUGGUCGCAGCACUGUCAACGUCCUGCCGAUGGCAAGGAAUCUUACACUUGGGGUCAUAUGUUCAGUUGUCUUCGGCGAAGAAGCAGCCACCAUAGUAGAUGCCCUCGGUACCGACUUCCAGUUGCUAGGUGAUGCAAUCUUGUCAUUUCCAGUGAACAUACCCUUCACCAGGUUCGGCAAGGGCAUGAGGUCCAGUGCUAAGAUUAGGGAAGCCGUCAGAAAGUUUGCCAAGAAGAGGGAGGAGUCUUUGUUGGAGGAACGAUGCACUAUUUCUACCACUGAUUUUGUCACCUACAUGCUCAUUCUGCGCUCCAAGGGUGCGCAUUCCAUCACCCUAGAGGACAUUGUUGACAAUGUGAUGGGCAUUAUCAUCGGCGCACAUGGUACUACCUCAGCUCUAAUCACCUUCAUGAUGCGCCACCUCGCAAACGAGCCAGACGUCCUUGCUAAAAUCACUGAAGAACAAGAUGAGAUCGCAAAUAAGAAAGGAACAGAUGGUGCUCUAACAUGGGAACAUGUUUCAAGCAUGAAGUACACUUGGAGGGUCGCAUUGGAGACACUGAGGACAGUGCCUCCAGUGUUUGGGAGCUUCCGAACUGCGACCAAGGACAUCGAAUACCAGGGCUAUCACAUCCCCAAAGGCUGGAAAGUCUUCGCAGCCCAAAGCAUUACGCAUAUGGAUUCCAGGUUCUUCACCGAACCCACCAAGUUCGAUCCAUCUCGCUUUGAGAAGCGUUCAUCAAUUCCACCAUACAGCUUCUUGCCGUUUGGGGGAGGGCCAAGAAUGUGCCCUCGAACUGAGUUUUCUAGGGUAGAAACAAUGGUAGCCAUGCACUAUCUAGUGACACAGUUCAGGUGGAAGUUGUGCUUCAAAGAUGAAGCCUACAAGAAGGAUCCAAAACCUACGCCUGUUUUUGGAUGUCCAGUUGAACUGGAGUUAAGAGAACCCUACAAUGACUUAUGAUGCUUGAAAGAAUGCUUUGUACGCCCCUUGCUGCAUUGUCCACCAAAACUAGGCCUAAUAAGAAAUGCAAGGAUAUAUGUUGUGGGUGCGCAGUUUUCAUCUGCAUAUGUAUAUACACUGAAGGGGUAGAUAUAGGUGUCACUUGUAACUGGUUUAGGCUUCUAUGUUGUGAUUGUGUAAUGUCACUGGCACAACUUUAGGCAGAUCAAAACUUAUUCCCAGCUUUACUGCAGUAAGCCAACUUAUUAUUACCUUCCAUUGUA